UAGCGGAUACAUUCCUGUAACCCAGAGCGCUGAGCAGCAGCGCCCGAUCGAGAUACCCUGGACAGCGCUCACUCUCCCUGUACCCACAGACAGUGCCAGGGCUGCUGCCAGCAGGAAUACUCACGCUGACAUGGAACACAUACAGACGAUAGACCGAGAAGUUAAUGUCUUUGUGGAGUAUUUGUUUGGACCAAGAGAUCCUAGAGUCAAAGGAUGGUUUAUGCUGGACUCCUACUUACCAACGUUUCUUCUGAGUGUGCUAUAUUUAAUUUUCAUAUGGUUGGGGACCAAAUAUAUGAAGGACAGACCAGCGUUCUCACUCAGGGGUCAUCUAAUUGUUUACAAUCUUGGAGUUACCUUGCUUUCCUUGUACAUGUUAAUAGAACUUAUUCUUUCAACAUGGGAAGGAGGAUAUAAUUUACAGUGUCAGAACCUGGACAGUGCAGGGGAAGCAGACAUUCGGGUAGCCAAGGUGCUAUGGUGGUACUACUUCUCCAAAGCAAUUGAGUUCAUGGACACAGUUUUCUUUGUUCUUCGGAAAAAGAAUAGCCAGAUUACAUUCCUUCAUGUUUACCACCAUGCCACAAUGUUUAAUAUAUGGUGGUGCGUCCUGAACUGGAUUCCAUGUGGACAGAGUUUCUUUGGGCCCACACUGAAUAGUUUCAUCCACGUCCUCAUGUACUCAUACUACGGCUUAUCAGUUAUUCCAUCUAUGCACAAAUAUCUGUGGUGGAAGAAGUAUCUCACUCAGGCACAACUGAUCCAGUUCUUACUCACUAUUACGCAUACUCUUAGUGCAGCGGUUAAACCUUGUGGGUUUCCAUUUGGCUGCUUGAUGUUCCAGUCAUCAUACAUGACAACACUGGUCAUUCUAUUUGUUAACUUUUAUCUGAAGACAUACAGGAAGAAAGCUUACAAAAGUGGCCCAAAUGGAACGGAAGCACUUACAGAACAGAAGAAUGGAUAUCAUAAAGACUUAGCCUAUGCCAGCAAUGGGGUUCUGCAUAAGAAGGAAAACUAGCUGAUCCUAUCAAAUUGAAUGAUGAUUAAACACACAAUCCCCGUUUAAAACAGUGUUAAAACAUGCUGAUAGCCUUCAAAGAAACGUAAAAACAAAUAAUCAUCCAAACUCUAUUAAUGUGUUGACAUGUAGGUUUUGACAAAUUGAAACCUGAGGUUCUGUUGUCAGGUUGCCACAAUAACUAUCAUAAUACAGAACUGUAGUCCAGAAAAUGCCUUAUUACCCUCCUGCUAAAAUCCUUUACAUUUUUAAAAGUUUAACUGUGAUAUAGGGCUUUAUAUGUACUAAAAUUCUUAAUUAUUUGGAAAAGACUUGCUUUAUGUUACUGCCCAAUUGACCAAAUCCUGGACAUAAAGAAAUGGUUCAAUUGUU